AUCCUUUUCUUUUUUCUGUUUUCCAUUACAGAAAACAUCUCUUCUGUAAAUGUGCCCCUCUUUUUCUGUACUUCUUCCCUAUAUUCUCUCUCCUACCAAAACUUCACUUUGAAUCAAAGCUAACCCAUUUCCCCUUUUUUUUCUGGUCACUAAUAAACCAGUUUUAACUCCCACUUUCCCACAUUUUGCCCCAUUAUUUUUACUGCUUUCUUCUUCCAACAAUUCCGUUAAAAUAGUUUCAGUAAGCAGAGCAUUGAACUCUGUGUGUAAUCUUUUUUUUAUAAUUUUCUUGAAAAUCCCACUUUCUCCAAGUUAGGGAAAUUCCUGUCCUACUUUUAAUUUUCUGGGGAUUUUUCAAUUUUGAUUUUUGAGUGUGGAUGAGUUCUUUGAUUGGUAACUUACCAAAUUAAGUGGUAAGUACAUAACUUUGACUCUAAAAUGGAAACAUUAAAUUGGGUUUUGGUUCAAUUUGCAAUCUUUGGAGUAUUUGCUGUUACUUGUCACUCAUUUAUGUCUGAAGUUUGGGCUCUUACUGCAUUUAAAGAAGCCAUAUAUGAAGACCCAUAUCUAGUUUUGGCUGAUUGGAAUGGUUUAGAUGCAACUCCAUGUGAAUGGUCUGGAGUUUCUUGUUCAAUGGCAAGGGAUCAUGUUCUUAAGCUGAAUAUUUCUGGGUCAUCUUUGAAAGGGUUUAUUGCUCCAGAAUUGGGUCUGUUGAAAAAUUUGCAAGAACUACGCCUUCAUGGGAAUAAUUUGAUUGGGAUUAUUCCUAAAGAGAUUGGUUUAUUGAAGAAUCUCAAGGUCUUGGAUCUUGGAGCAAAUAAGAUAACUGGGCCGAUUCCUCGUGAGAUGGGGGAUUUGAGUAGCAUUGUCAAAAUAAACCUUCAGUCGAAUGGAUUGACCGGAACGUUACCUCCUGAGCUUGGUGGUUUAAAAAAUCUUCAGGAGCUUCACCUGGACAGGAAUAAGCUCCAAGGGACUGUGUCAGGUGCUGCCACUGCAGAUUUCAGUUCCAACAACCAUGGAAUGUAUGCAUCCAAUGGGAAUGCUGCAGGUUUGUGUCGCUCACCUCAGCUAAAAGUUGCUGAUUUCUCAUACAACUUCUUUGUUGGGAGUAUCCCGAAAUGCUUGCUACAUCUGCCAAGCUCAAGCUUUCAGGGUAACUGUCUUGAGGAGAAGAACUUAAAACCGCGUUCCAAAGCACAAUGUGGAGCUUCAGUACCUGCCAAAACACACUCAAAUCCUAGUGUGAACGCAAAGCGUAAGCCUCGAGAGAAUGAGGCCAACCAUAAAGGAGCAUCAAGACCUACUUGGCUGUUAGCUUUAGAAAUUGUGACUGGGACCUUGGCGGGUUCUCUUUUUCUCACUGCCCUGAUAACUACUUACAAAAGAUGGAAAAAUAGAUCAUCUAUGAUAAUUCCUUGGAAGAAAUCAGGAAGUGACAAAGAUCGAUUGGCAGUAUAUAUAGCAGAUUCUGAGUUGCUGAAAGAUAUAGUGAGAUUCAGCAGACAAGAGCUUGAAGUGGCUUGUGAAGAUUUCAGUAAUAUCAUCGGAUCCUCCUCUGACAGUAUGAUUUACAAAGGCACAAUGAAAGGUGGAUCUGAGAUUGCAGUGAUAUCAUUUUGCAUCAAAGAAGAACAGUGGACUGGCUAUCAUGAGCUUUAUUUCCAGAGAGAGGUGGCAGAUUUAGCAAGACUAAAUCAUGAUAAUGCUGCUAAAUUGUUGGGCUAUAGUCGAGAGAGUCCUCCUUUCACUAGGAUGCUUGUUUUCGAAUAUGCUUCUAAUGGAACCUUGUAUGAGCACCUGCAUUCCAUGUUUGCAGACGGUGAAGGCUGCCAAUUGUCUUGGACACGGCGUAUGAAAAUCAUAAUUGGCAUUGCCCGUGGCUUGAGAUAUCUUCAUACAGAACUCAACCCUCCAUUUACUAUAUCCGAUUUGAAUUCUAGUGCUGUUUAUCUUACGGAAGACUUUUCACCCAAGCUGGUAGAUUUCGAAAGCUGGAAGACUAUCAUUGCAAGAUCUGAGAAAAACUCAUCUGCCAUUGAUAAUAAUGGUGCUAUUUGUGUACUGCCACGCUCAAUCGAGGCACGCCAUCUAGACAUAAAGGGUAACGUUUAUGCAUUUGGAGUGCUCCUAAUUGAGAUAGUCAGUGGAAGACCGCCCUUCUGCAAAGACACAGGAAGCUUGGUAGAUUGGGCUAGGGAGUACCUUGAAGUAGCCGAGGUAAUGCCCUAUAUGGUAGACAAACAGUUGAAGCAUUUUGAAUAUGAGGAUCUUAAAGUAGUUUGUGAGGUGGCAGUUCUUUGCCUGAAUCCUGAUCCUGUGAAACGUCCGUUAAUGCACGACUUGUGCACUUUGCUGGAGAGCCGCAUUGAUCUAUCUUUGUCAGCUGAGCUCAGAUCGUCUUCUUUAGCAUGGGCGGAAUUGGCUCUCUCCACAUGAUAAUAGUUUUAAACUAACAUACUUACUGUAAAGGAAAUUAUAGUCUUGAUGAUACGUUCCUCUCUUCAUUAUUUUUCCACCCGUCACCCCUUCUUCCUCAUUGGGCUUUCUUCGCUGAAGAUCAUGUAAAGUUUUUUGAUUUAUCGAUUUCUGGCUUAGGGAAGUAUAUAGAAAAGCUUCGUGGAUGGCGUAGGUGCUUCUGCAUUGAAUGUACCUGAGAAUCUUGCUACUUACUAGUAGAGUGAAGUUACUAAAGGAAAGGAAGAUCUCCUUGUGUUACCUUUCCCCUGAAUACCUUUUGUUUGAUGAUUCCAUAUGCGCACUUAUACUCAGAAAUGUCAAAAACAAUCAGCAUCUUAUCCAACAACGUGCAGGGAAAUUGUCUGAUUAAAUGCAUAAAGUACUAUUGUUUGGUGUUGAGAUCCUCUAGAGUUUCAAAAUAACUCUACAUGGUAGAGUUCGUUAAAUAUCAGUCGUUGAUUAAGAGAUCAAAGGCUUGUAUUGUAUGAACAACUUCCCCCAUAUUGUAUGAAGAAUAUAAGAAAAACUUGUUCUUUUAUUA